AUGAAUAAUGCUAAUUCUUCAUUUGUUGUUCCUAGUUCUACAUUUACUUGUAGUUUUCCUGCUUCUAGUUCCAUUCCUGUUUCUCAUGUUUCUGCAUCAACUUAUGGUUAUACAAGAGCUACUUGGAGACAUCUAAUGGGGGAUAAAAGCAAUGCCUUUGAUUUGAUAAAAGCAUUCCUUGCUAUGGUCCAGACUCAAUUCAAUACUGAAGUUCAAGCCAUUAGAAGUGACAAUGCUUUAGAAUUGGGUUCAAGCCCUUCUGCCUCUUCCUUCUACUCAGAGCAUGACAUAAUUCAUCAAACUAGUAUCCCAUAUACUCUUCAACAAAAUGGGGAAAGGUUAAAGCCCAGGGCUGCCCCAUGCAUCUUUCUUGGUUAUCCAUUUGCUAAGAAGGGUUACAAACUCUACAAUUUAACCACUAAGAAAUGUCUCAUUUCUAGGGAUGUCAUAUUUCAUGAGCACUAUUUUCCUUUCUCUCAAUCCCAUCCUACUACCACUUCUAUUCCAUCUCCUUGUAUACCUGGUUCUACCCCUUCUACUGUUUAUCCUGAAUCAUCUAAUUCUGCUUCAUCUCCAUCCUCCUCUUCCUUUUCUGAUACUGCUGCCCCUUUAUCUCUCACAUCAUCCUCUCCCCAUUCUAUUCUUGUUGCUCCAUCUUCCUCUCCUACCUCUCAUUCUAUUGUUACUCUUUAUUUUUGUCCUACAUCUCCUUCUUCUUCUGUUGCUCCUGCCCUUAUCUCUUCUACUCCUUCAUCUUCUAUUCCUUCUCAAGGAUUUCGGGAUAUAAAGAGAUUUAGGGGUCUUGGAUUUGAGAAGGAGAAAAAAUCGGAGAGGAAAGUUAAGUCAGAUCUACACAGUUUUCAGUCAAAUUCUGUGAUGUUGGCUCACAUUGGUUUUGAUUUGCUGGGUAGUCUAUAUGUCGAACUGAG